AUGCACCCCAAAGUCGCCGUCGCAACCUUGCUUGCCUUCGCGCACAUAUGCUCGGCCAUUGUCAACAUCACCAUCCCGCCUUAUGAGCCCAAGCUCGCUAGGAUCGUGCCUAAGAGUCUCGUCGGGAUCUCCAUCGAGAUGGACCGUUGGAUUGACUGGUCAGGUCCUGCCGUCGGAGAACCGAACAAGUUGGUCAACCAGCUGUUGAGUAAUCUAGCUAAUUAUACUGGGCAGGCCGUACCUCUUCGAGUAGGAGGCGAGUCUCAAGACCGAGGCUUUCUCGCACCUGAAUUCGAGGUACAGAAUCUCACGUUCCCCGCCGCCACCGCGCUCGUACCUCAGCCCGAGGCCAGUCGCAUCGGCAUCGGUCGAGAUUGGUACAAGCUCAGUGGAAAUUUCCCACCGUACGAUGACUUUUACGGUUCGGGCGCUCAGGCGCUUGCACAUCCGGACAUUUACGACUAUCCAAACCCCUUGAACCCCAACGCGGGCAUCCCCGGCUGGUCGGCUAAACGUUACAUUGAGACCUGGAACCGAGCCGCAGAAGGCUUGAUCAAGAAGUUGAACUCUGACGUCCCCCACGGCCCGCGCUUCCAAGCUGGUGUCAUCGCUGACCCGUUCAACGCGUGGAUCUGGGGGAUCCGCCAAGCUCUGGUGGACGGUCUGCAAGAUUCCGCCGCCGCCAAGUAUAUCAAGACUUAUCGGUCCUUGUUCAACUCUAUCGCAUGUCAGGGUUCUCGUAUCACUCGAGACGGAAUACCCCCUGCGAGUGGUUCCCUGAUGGGACGAGCCGGUGUCAGAGGCAACCUGACCAAGCACGCAGAAUAUGCCGAGCAGACCAAUCGAGCGGGUUACGAAUACGUCAUUGGCGAGACCAACAGUUUCUCCUUGCAUGGUGUUCCCGGUGUGAGCAACACGGCCGAGGCGGCUAUCUGGCUUGCCGAUUAUGCGCUCCAAGCGGCCACUCUCGGGGUCAAGGAGUUAGACUUCCAUUCCGGUCGAGGGUUUGCAUACAACCUCAUCCAGCCGGUAGCUUACGAGUCGGACACAACCAACAUGAGCAUGCCUGCCGGGAUUGAAGGCGGGUACUACGGCGCCCUGAUGGUCAACGAGUUCAUCGGACUCUACCCCGAGGUUAAGAUCGAAGAGCUGCCCACUUUCAACACUGGCGUCUCAGCGUACGGCGCGUGGGAAGGGGGUGAUCUCAGGCGGAUACUGGUCCUCAACUCGGCGGUCUAUAACAGUACCGCCAACAGCACGCGAGACUACCAGACCAUCCAGCUGAUCGGUCACAAGGAACAGAAGACGACCGUGAAGCGCUUCUACGCGCCAGAGACUUUCUCGACUAGUGGUCUUCUAUGGGGAGGACAGUCUUUCGAGACAGCGGAUGGGAAGCCGUCGGACCAGGUCACAUAUGAAAGCCUCAGUGGCACAAUCUUGAACGUUACUGCGACCGAAGGUGUCUUGGUUUGCUUCAAGUGA